GCGCGGGGCCAGCGGUGGGCUGCGAGCGGGGCGAUGCCGCCGGCGGGGCGGCUGCUGCUGGCGGCCCUGGCGGUCCAGGCCGUGGCGGCGUUCGAGCCCGUCAGCGUGGCCAUCGCCAUCGGGGCCGCGUCGGCCCUCACCGGCUACCUGUCCUACAAGGACCUGUACUGUCGCUUCGCCGAGUGCUGCCGCGAGAAGCAGCCGCUCAACGCGUCGGCCCUCAAGCUGGAAUUGGAGGAGAAGCUGUUUGGGCAGCAUCUGGCCACAGAGGUGAUUCUCAAGGCCCUGACUGGCUUCAGGAACAACCCAAAUCCCAAGAAACCACUGACUCUUUCCUUACAUGGCUGGGCUGGCACCGGCAAGAAUUUUGUGAGCCAGAUUGUGGCUGAAAAUCUGCACUCCAAAGGCCUAAAGAGUAACUUUGUCCACCUGUUUGUUUCGACUCUGCACUUCCCUCACGAGCAGCAGAUAAAACUGUACCAGGACCAGUUACAGACGUGGAUUCGGGGUAAUGUGAGUGCCUGUGCAAGCUCCAUGUUCAUAUUUGACGAGAUGGAUAAAUUGCACCCUGGGAUCAUCGAUGCGAUCAAGCCCUUUCUAGACUACUACGAGCAGGUUGAUGGCGUGUCUUACCGGAAGGCGAUCUUCAUCUUUCUCAGCAAUGCAGGUGGGGACCUCAUAACCAAGACGGCCCUGGACUUUUGGCGGGCAGGAAGAAAGAGGGAAGACAUUCAGCUGAAGGACCUGGAACAUGUGCUGUCUGUCGGAGUUUUCAAUAACAAACACAGUGGCCUGUGGCACAGCGGACUGAUAGACAGAAACCUCAUCGAUUACUUUAUCCCCUUCCUGCCCCUGGAGUACACACACGUGAAGGAGUGUGUGCGGGCAGAGAUGAGGGCCCGCGGUUCUACCGUAGAUGAAGACAUUGUCACCAGAGUGGCAGAGGAAAUGACGUUUUUCCCCAAAGACGAGAAAAUCUACUCAGACAAGGGCUGCAAGACUGUGCAGUCGCGGCUGGAUUUUCACUGACCUCUUACCCAAGCCAGGAGUCUGUCUUUUGGAAACACUUUGAAGACGUCCUUGGAGUUUGCACAUUUGUACCUGUGGACUUGUGGAAUAUAGAAGUUUCUAUUUUUUGGAAAAGCCACUCAUCUGUCAAGUGCACUUAUCAUUUUGCAACAUAACAACUGUUAAUUGCAGUUGAAGAUGAACUUUUAAAAUCCGCCCCACACCCACACACACACACUGCUGACAGAAGGACAUUGGAAACAGCUGUAAGUGAAACCUAGGACUGUUUCUGACCCCACGGCACCCACCUCAGGAGCUGCUAUUGUAACUGAAGUUCAGGGGCCGGCUGCCUUCUGGGCGCACUAGGUUUUUACCUGCCGAAAACAUUCUGCUGGAGUUGUUUUUCUUUACACAGAGCGUUCCCUGACUUGAAGUCUCUCCAGGUAAAACUGGUGGCACCUUCAGGCACACACAGUGUCCGGUGGGAGGACGUGGACCUGCAUGUGAGCAGCGGCGGCGUGUGGGGUGGGGGCUCCAUCCUCGGCCUCUGCAGCCGCCAGGACAGACAGGACCUCGGUCUGGCCAUCGCUCUGGCUGGCCAUGGAGUUCCUUCGCUCACCUGUCAGUUGGAAUCGCUGCCAGUCUUCUAUUCCUGAGCAUCAGUCACUGCUAGAUUUGCCCCAAACACGUCAUUGCUAGAGUCGAAUCAGAAUGAGACUGCUGGUUUUGAAUUUGAAUUUGGUCCCCGUGGUGAAAUGUUGUCUGUUGCAGUUUAUAUGUGGGUCAGUGUCUCAUUUUACUCCACAGAACCAUUUGAAAUCCGUAGGACACGUUCAUCUCCAUGGAUGACACGUGCCCAGACUGAGUGGUCAGCUUGCAGGUUAUACGGCCAAAGAAGUGGAAGAAUCAUACAAUAGGAAUGAAAACAGCUUGCUGGUUUUCAAGGAUAUGUAUAUUUUUUAUAAUGUUUUUAUUUGUGAAUCAGAGAAUAGAAAUAUAGGAUGCUGCUUAUUUUAAAACAUGGGAAGGACACAAAAUGAAAUAAUUGCCUAUUUUAUCAGAUACUCUUAAAAGAAAGGGGAUUAAUUUUUAUUGUUAAAUGCGUGCUAAUAUAUGGUCACAAUUGUGGAUGAAACAAGGUCAGUCUGAAGUUGCGUCUGGUCCUGAGUCAUCUAGUAACGACACCUUCUGUGGCAGCGCCAGGCUGGACUGCCUUGGUCAGUGGGAAAUCACUUAGAUUCUGUGAAUCUAAGAUUCUGUGAAUCUAAGUCAGUAUAAACUGUCUGGGUCUACCUUGUAGUUGCACCUGCAGACAUACUGAGAACAACGGUCAACCUUUUUAUAUAGAUGUGGUUGAAUGAGUAUUUUCAUGACAUGGGAAGGCCUUACAGAGGAUCACACUUAGGCUUUUAAAAAUAUCAGGCUAGGGCUUAAAAAUUUUAGUACAAAUGUGCAAAUUGGAGCUGUUACAUUUCUUUUAGAACCUUUUGGGUGUCUGGUUGGGGAAGACAAGAUUUUCUGUUUACAGUGAUGCAAUAAACUCAACAUGUGUUGGCCACCUUUGGACUACUGCUGGUACUGAUUUGUAACUUGAAAAAGCCAUGGGUGACCAUGGCCCAGCCUCCUCCACCCCACAUAAGAUGUAGAGAGGAGCUGGAAUUGAACUAGCGAAUGUAAAGUAAUAAAGCCUAAGUUUUAUCAUGUGAGAUGUCAUUUGC